GUUUAAAUGUGGUUGCUGUUUCUAACAAUACCCUUGUUUAAUUGUGUCACAUAUGCCAAAUAUCAAGUGCCAUUGCGGAGAUUCGUGCCAGAAAAAUUCAAAAUGAUGAAAGCUGGAACUUGGACCAAAUUCAUUGAGGAAGCCAGGUUGAAAUCUAAUUACGAUCAAGAUAUAUACGGCUAUUACGACAACGAAUAUCUGGCAGAUAUAACCAUUGGUGAACCUCAACAAGAGUUUCGAGUGAUGCUUGACACUGGAGGAGCAAACUUUUGGAUAAUAGAUCAAUCCUGCAAUAGCGAUCCUGCUCGCCCAGAACAAUGCUCUAAGCCGAAUUGUGACAUUGGGGUGAUUUGCGAAAUUUUCUGUGAAGAUCCGUCCUGCUGCAUGGGAAGACCUUCAAAUCCCUGCAACGGAAAACGUCGCUUCCAUAGGGAGCGAUCCUCUACUUACAAAAAAACGAAUGGCACUUGGAGCAUAAAGUACAAUACAGGGGACACAGCAGGUUUCUAUGGGGAAGAUACUGUUCGAUUUGGAGCUGAGGGAACUCAUCAGCUCGUUGUUCCACGCACGACUUUUGGACUAGCGCAAAAGAUUGCUCCAGCUUUUGUACUUUCGCACUUAGAAGGUAUACUCGGACUAGGAUUCAAAGAGGCAGCAGUAAACAAGGUUACGCCGCCAUUUACUCGAGCCGUUGAGCUAAGUCUGCUUGAUCAACCCAUUUUUACCAUCUAUUUCAAAAAUGUCGGGGAAAAAGAGGAUGUUUAUGGCGGUACAAUCACAUAUGGAGACUUUGAUCCAGAUCACUGUGACGGACAAAUUAUAUAUGAAUCUUUGACUUCUGCACAAGCAUGGCAGAUUCGGCUGAAAGGUAUCCGUGUGGGUACCUAUCAAACCACCGAUGGUUGGGAAGCACUGAUCGACACCUCCAGCUCAUUCAACGUUUGCCCACAAGCAAUUCUUGAGGAGAUAGCAAAGCAGUUUGAUGGAUGGUUUGACGAGCUCAGUGGCGUAUAUCUUGCGUCUUGUGACUCUCGACAAACACUUGAUCUGCUUAUCGGACGACUUAUACCCUCACGGCUUCAACAUAUGUCAAUAGGACCAGAGUGGACUCUUGGUGAUCCAUUUAUUCGCGAUUACUGUAACGUUUUUGACAUGGGCAAUAAGAGGAUUGGAUUUGCUAAAUCACUAUAA